UUACUACUCCUAAUCGAUGUGUCAAGCUGAACUCUCGCGAUACUUGCAGCAGUAGCUGAGCCCAGGAGCUGUUUGUUGAAGACUUGUCAUGUCAACAAAAGAGAAAAACUACUACCAAACAGGCAUGUGAAUGUGAGCAGAUGUGGAUUAGCCUGAAAGGAGACAAUCCAGACCUGAAUCUGUGCCUGCAGCAUCUUCACCUGCUGUCUCCAUGACGACCCCUCCUCUGGUGCCUCCCUUUGGUGGUCAGCCUCCUCAUCCUCCUCAGCAGCAGCAGCAGCAGGCCCAGGCAGCACGAGAUGUCAACACGUCCUCCUUGUGUCGCUAUGGAGAGGAGACAGUCCAAGACAUUGUCCUCAGGACGAUGGAGAUCUUUCAGCUCCUCAGGAACAUGCAGUUGCCUAACGGAGUCACCUACCAUCCCAACACCCAUCAGGACCGGCUGGGGAAACUCCAGGAGCAUCUACGAAUGCUUUCUGUUCUCUUUCGCAAGCUGCGCCUCGUCUACGACAAAUGCAGCGAGAACUGUGCCGGGCUGGACCCCAUACCGCCAGAGCAACUGAUACCCUUUGUGGAGGAGGACGGCUCCAAGCACGAGGACUGUUCAGCCGGGCAGAGCCAGCUCUCCAGCGAGGAGAGAAGAGAAAUCCUGGAAGUCAACAAGAUGUUGAAGCAGAAGAACCAGCAGCUGAAGCAGAUCAUGGACCAACUCCGGAACCUCAUCUGGGAGAUCAACUCCAUGCUGGCUGUCAGGAGCUGAGCCACACACACACACACACACACACACCCACCCACACACACACACACACACACACACACCCACCCACACACACACACACACACACACACACACACACACACACACACCCACCCACCCACCCACACA